GGAGACUGCCCAGCCUGCUGGUGGACCCGGCGCAGGAGACGGUUCGCCGCCGCUGCCGGGACCCUAUCAACGUGGAGAGCCUACUGCCAUCAAAAAUAAGGAUCAAUCUAGAAGAAAAUGUGCAGUAUGUGUCCAUGAGAAAGGACCCCAGCACCUACACAGUGGCUCACAACCACUGUAACUCCAGUUCCAGGGGAUCCCAGGCCUUUUUCUGACCUCGGUGGACACUAGACACACACAUGCAGGCAAAGCACUCAUACACAUAAGAUAAGUAAAUAUUUUUAAUAUUAAAACUAUACAUAUGCAUGGAGGAUAAGUACAUAAGAUAUAGUAAAUAUUUUUUUAAAUUAAGGGAAGAAAACUAUAUACCUGAGCGGAGGGUGUUGCUCAGUGGUAAGGUUCUUGCCUGGCCUCUGUGAAGCCAGACUCAUGCCUCAACACACCCCAAAGGGAAAUGAACAAAAACUAGAUAAUGACAUACAAAUGUGUGUUGGCAGAUUAUAUGUGUGAAAUGAAGGCAUCUGAUUCCAAAAGCGUUUCUAAUCCUCUUUCUGAGAAGUAGUGCAGCUCUGGUUACAGAAAUUUCUUGGAGGGAUAUGGACUUGUAAAAAAUGGUUAUUAGUGGUGGUUCACACCAGCCUUUAUUGAAACCCGAUGUCUUUGCUUAGACCAGCUGACCAUUUGCCUUUUAUCCAGUUAGAGAAAUGUUUCCAUGGAAACUAGCAGGGGUUUCCGUCGCCGUCUGCUCGGGUUCUGAGGGAAUAAGUGGCUGUCCGAAAAGGCUGAGAAAUGUCGGUUCACGUGGCGCUGUGCUCUCGUUUGCAGAGGCUUUGAAAGUGAAGAGGCCCCGUUUCGAUGUGUCGCUGGUGUACUUAACUCGAAAGUUUAUGGAUCUUGUCAGAUCUGCCCCUGGGGGCAUUCUUGAUCUAAACAAGGUUGCCACAAAACUGGGAGUCCGGAAACGCCGUGUGUAUGACAUCACCAACGUUUUGGAUGGCAUCGAGCUGGUGGAAAAGAAGUCCAAGAACCACAUUCGGUGGAUAGGAUCUGACCUGAACAACUUCGGAGCGGCCCCCCAGCAGAAGAAGCUGCAGGCUGAGCUCUCGGACCUGUCAGCGAUGGAAGACGCCUUGGACGAGUUGAUUAAAGACUGCGCCCAGCAGCUGUUGGAACUAACAGACGAUAAAGAAAACGAAAGACUAGCGUACGUAACCUAUCAGGAUAUCCACAGCAUCCAAGCCUUCCACGAACAGAUUGUUAUUGCCGUGAAGGCUCCAGAGGAAACCAGACUGGAUGUUCCAGCUCCCAGAGAAGAUUCUAUCACAGUUCAUAUCAGAAGUACCAAAGGACCCAUUGACGUGUAUCUGUGUGAAGUUGAACAGACCCACUCAAGUGGUAAAACAGCCGAUGGAGUAGGGGCCUCUCCAUCUAAAAGCAGACAUCCAGAAUGCCCAGUAAAAGAAGACGAGUCUCCUCAGUGAGAGCCACUCAAAGUGAGUGGCUGACAGCAGUGCGGAGUGGUGAAGGUUUGUGGAGCCUCCUGCGUGGAUGAAUUAUGUACCGGUUUGAUCCUCAGCAAUAAGUCUUCGUGGCGUGCUCUCGUUCUCUUACUCUAGAUUUGUAGCAGCAUGAAGGCCAGUAGUGUCCCUGAGUAGCUUCCUGCUUAGGUCCCUGGAUGGUUUCCACGUUCAAAAUUAGCUGUCGCUAAUUCUUGGCUGCCUUUUGUCAGUGAGACAGAUCAUUUUAUCACGGAGGCUAUCAGGAGAACAGACAUCUGGCCACGGUCGUGGACUCUGCCCUUCCCUGAUGGAUGGUGUUUUUGCUUCUCAGAAGAAUUGCCUUACACUGGCUCACAUUCGUGGUUAGGUGUCGUGCACUGGUGAGGUGUACACACAGGGCCAAAUGUGGCUGGCGCCUUUGUACAUAUCUGUAUCAUGUUUAGAUUGCUUAUGAAAUAUGUCUGAGUGACACUUCUGCCCUAGAACAGCCAAAAUAAUGUAUAUAGAAAAAAAUGACAGCUCUCUACUUCUUCGGUAUCAAUAACUUAUUAGAACCCUCUGGAUGGGGGUGGGGGAGUUUUCUAAAGUUUUACAUGUAGAUGUUUCACAAACAAUGCUGUAUAUUUAGGUUCACAUACUUAAAGUAUUUUAAUACGGUUCCCAGUGCUACAAUAGGAGUUGGAUACUUCUUGAUUUUUAAGCUGCCUACGGAGUCACUGCAUCCCAGUAGAUUGGUGACGUGCCUCAAGGCGUUGGGGACAAGUAUAGAAAUGCCCUCUGGCAAUGGAUCAGUUCACCGAGCCGUGAGUUUGGUCCUGGUGAAAGUAAAAGCAUUGUCACGCUUUGGGAGAGCGGAUUUUAUAAUGUGUUUCUGUGUGCAGCUGCGCUGCUCUCUCAGAAGGUCUUAGCUCCCAUACAUCAUACCCUACCCACACUCCCGCCUCGCCUCACCUCACCCCGCCUUCCCAAGCACCUAGCUGUUUCUACCUCAGUGGGUAAGUCCUUUACCUCUCUGUGCCUCAGUUUACCACUAGACUGUGAGCUCCAUGAGAAACCUCUUCAUAGUAACGCUCAGCACCUCGCACCACACCUAGUCCAUAACAAGUGCCCAAUAAAUGUCUAGCAAACUAGUGAGUGGCUGAGUGCAACGUGGGGCCGAUUGGACCUGGCUUAUUGUUGGACAGGAGUCUGGGGAACAUCGCCGGUAUGUUAAACCUCUCUUGUUUUACAAAAGAUUUGAAGCAACUUGAAAUAAUGACUGUGUAUACAAAAAAAAUUAAAAUAGGGAAUCUAAAAUUAAAGUAUUAAAAAAAUAA